AAUAUGCAUAAUUUUUUUUCACAACUAGAACCACACUGACCGACCUAAAAUCAUGUGGCCAUUGUGCGACAAGCAAAUCACUAUGAAGUUGAGAGACACUGUGAACAAUGCAGCAAUGCGCAGUGAAAACAAAGAAGCCAUGGAUAUGGAUACACCAUCGCCGUCAAUGAAAGAUGCAGAACUUGUGUGCCUGUCACAUCCGCCACUUGUAGAAAAGAAGGCCUCAGCAAGGACGCGGAGUGAAGUGUGGGCAUAUUUUGCCUACAUCGCCGGUGAAGACGGGCAGCCAACAGACACAGAAAAACCUGUCUGCAAAAGGUGUUACAAAUCUCUCCAUUGCAAAGCAGGAAACACCAGCAACUUGGCUAAGCAUUUGGCAGACAAUCACCCUGACCUCUACAAUGAGCUGAAAACUCGACAGAAGAAGAAGCAAAUCCAUUCUACAUCAUCCAAAAAUAAACCCACCCAGGCUACUACCAUUAUAUCUGUGCUUGAAAGACAGCGGAAAUAUGGCAAAGACUCCAAAGAAGCGCAGAGACUAAACAAAGCUGUUGCCGAGUACAUCUGCAUGGACCAAGUGCCUGUAUAUACGGUUGAGAAAACUGGAUUCAGAAACCUGGUACAGCAGUUAGACAGAAAGUAUGAUAUGCCUGGGAGAUACUACUUCGUGUAUACAGAAAUACCAACACUCUACACGGAGAUCAGAAGAGUGGUUGAGGCACAACUGGUUGAGGUUCCAUUCUUUGCUUGCACUACAGACCUCUGGACAAGCAGAGCUACAGAUGCAUUCAUGGCCCUCACCAUUCACUUUAUAACGGAAGAAUGGGAGAUGCAGUCUUGGUGUUUAGGCUGUACGGCUCUGUACACAGAUCAUACUGCUGACAGUUUGCAUGAAGCAUUUGAGGAAUCCUUAACUGAAGACUGGAAACUGGACAUAUCCAAAAUGUCUGGAUUAACAACCGAUAAUGCCUCUAACAACAUCAGAGCGUUUGAAGAAUACAGCUGGGUCCCAUGUUUUGGUCACAAUUUGCACCUGGCAGUAAACAAAGCCCUGGAUAUUGACAGAGUGGCGGCGUGUCUCUCAAGGUUACGCAAGACCGUCUCUGCGUUCUGCCGAUCAAAUAAAAUGAGCCGAUCACUGAAAGAAAAACAAAAGGCACUUCAUAUACCCGAACACAAGCUUAUUCACGAUGAACCGACCCGGUGGAAUUCCAUUUAUGAUAUGGUGGAGAGGUUCUGUGAACAGCAACAAGCUGUCUGUGCUGUCCUGGCAGAGAACCGGAAAAAAUGGUAUCUUAUGCCAAAGGACAAUGAUGUCACCAUUCUGGAGACCGUCAGAGAUGUGCUCGCACCAAUGAGCGAUUUUACUGAUGCGUUAAGUGGAGAGAAAGAUCCAACCCUGUCUUCUGUUCUUCCUUUGACAUGGAAAAUAUAUGCAUGUGCAUCGGAGGAGGAAUCUGACAGUAUCCUUGCCAGAGAAAUGAAACAGAGGGUCAUAGAUGACAUGAAAAAGAGGUACCAAAGCAAGAAGUUGCAACUCAUUCUCAACACUGCCACAUAUCUAGAUCCAAGAUUUAAGGACUCAUUUGUGUCUAUUCAAGAUGAAGUAAAAGAAGAGCUUCUACAAAGAGCAUCCAUUCUUCAGCUACCAGCAAGUUGCGGAGCAGAACAGAAAGAUGAAGAAGAACAUGCAGUGGCACAAGUCCCUAAGAAAAAAAAAAACGAUCUCAAAAGCUUGUUGGCCAACAUUGUGACGGAAAAAAGGGGGUCAGCCUCAGCAGGUGGUUCUGUGUGUACCGAAGAUACAUCAUCUGACAAAAGCCCUACAGCAAUGCUUUGCAAUGACUUCUUCUUGUACAAACAGAUGAAAGAAAUUAGUCCAGAAGAAGACCCACUAGCCUGGUGGAGGAGAAAUGCCCCAAGUCUGCCAGUUCUUGCCCAUUUUGCAAAAGCGUAUCUAUGCAUUCCCGCCUCUAGUUGUGCAUCAGAACGAGUAUUCAGUACUUCGGGCCUAAUCUGCAGUCCAAGAAGAAUGAGGUUGAAUGAAGACCAUAUCAACAAACUUGUUUUUCUGGCUAAGAACCUCAAACAGGCAAAGAAAUUCCCAACCGCAGCUUAGGCUUCAUUCACACAUCCGCAACGUGUUUUGCGGA